GCGGGGUCUUUGUGUGUGUCGCAGCACCGCUUCCAGCCCCAGAACCCCCUGCAGGCUGCACAGGCCUUCAGCCCUCGGGAGGCAGAGGACGAGGAGCUACGGCUCAGCGCACAGACGCUGCUGCUGCCCACCAGAGGACAGAUGGAGGCGCGCAUGAUGGUCAGCGCCUUCGAGAUGGGCCUGGACAACGUGAGCGAGGACGCCGUCAGCAGCCUGCUGUGUGCUCUGGAGGUUCAUCUGAAGGAUAUCCUCACAGCGCUGGUCUCGCGGAGGAAAGGCUACCGCCUGCGCGACGGACACUUCCAGUACGCGUUCGGCAGUGACGUGACGCCGCGGCCGUAUCUGAAGAACAGUCUGGCGGCCUACCUCAGCGUCACAGAGCGGCCUCCCCCGAGCGCAUCACUUCCUGCCGGGCCUCCUCCUCAGGUGUCACCUGACGAUGCGGAGCAACAGGCCGCUCUCCUGCUGGCGUGUUCAGGAGACCGUGUCCCGCCUCCACUGCCGCCCAUCAGCGGAUACGACCUGCUGGAAGCCCUGCAGGUGCGACUGAACACACAACAAUAACUCAUGCUGUGCCUCUGUGUCACAGGUCAACUACGCUACUGUAAACCAGCGACAGAAUGUCCUACAUGUCACUAGCUGUGUUUCCAG